UUUCCCCGCGCCGGCAGCGGCGGGGCCGGUCGGCGGGCGGGGAGGUGCCGCGGCGGGUGCGGUGCCAGCGCCCGGCCCGGGAGGAUGCGGACGCGCUGACGGAGCUGCGGGUCCCCUCUGCCGCCGUGCAUGGGCGGCGGGCGGCUGCCGCCUCGCCUCGCCUGCCCCGCCGACACUUCUAGGGUUUGACAGAGAUUGCCCAACACUUCAUCAACAACGUGAACAACAGCAGCAAGGACAGUUUUUGGAAGCAACAUCUGUUGAUGUGAUUGAAGCAUGACAGAGGUGAUGAACACACGGGAACCGGUGAUGGAGGAAUUUGCGCUCAGCCAGACUCCUGAAGAAGAAGGAGGCCCUUCAAGCCAGGCCUUCCCAGACUCACGUGAGAAGUACCCUAAGCUGUCCAAAAGACUGCCGUCCAUUGUGGUGGAGCCGACCGAGUCCGGGGAGGUGGAGAGCGGGGAGCUGCGCUGGCCUCCUGAUGACCUGAAAUCAGCAGAGGACAAGGGUCUUCAUGGUGACCAAAGAGUCUGUGUCCAGCAGCAGCAGCAGCAGAUGGAUCUGGAAGAUACUUUAGUGCAUCCACCUGAAGAAGUGGAAGACAGUACAGAUACUCUGGAAAGCAGAACUGAAGAGGAUGAGUAGAGACUCCAUGGCCUCAGAAGUGAAACUUCAUUGUGAAUAUUGCUGGAAAGCUAACACACUCUGAAGACAUGUCAAAGUAAUCUGUAUUUAAAUCUGCAAGAGUUUUAGUUAGUUAGUGCCUGGUAAGAAGCGUCUGGGCUUUAGAACUGUUCUUUUCAACAUUUUGAUUUUCAGGCUGGGAUUCAUAUUAUUUGUUUAAUUUUCCCUUGGGAGACAAUGGGAUGUGUUAGGAAGUGUGAGAUUAUCAAGGGAAAAUGCUCCUAAUGUAAAUUAGCACAUUUCAUUGGAUUUACCUUUUCCAAGCAAAGCUGCUUUCAGGUAUCAACAGCAGGGCAAAGGGGUUACAUUUCUACAGGAGGGAUGUCUUAAAUCUAAAAUAUUUCUUGGUUUUAGCCAUUUAAAACUAGCACUGUGAUAUUAUGGACAAUAGAUGUAAUAUAAUGUCUCCAUUUGAUUUUGUAACUUUUGUAUAGAGACGCAGGUGUAAGGUUUGCCUCCAGGCUGCUGCCCCGGGGCAGCCCAGAGCAGUUCUCUCCCUCUGGCUAACCCCUGCAGGUUCGGUUGAACCCGCCUUUUCUUAGCUGCCUUUUCAAGAAGGCUGACUGACACCUUUUGGAAACGCUCUCUUGCUGUACGCUGAUGCAGUGGAUUAGCUAGUCGCUGGUGUUUGUGGGGUGAGGCUGUUGUAGGCUUGGUGGGGUGGGUCGUGCUGUUGGUGCGCUCUUCAGGCACACGCUCCCCUACCUUCAAGCCAACAAGAUGGCUCCUGCUUCCCCCAGGGCUGGAUUUGUCCCACCUUGUUAAUAGAAUUUGUUGUGGCAAUUCUUCUUUUGGUAUGUUUUGUGUAUAACAUGGGUGCAGAGGCCCAGCUGUUCCUCCCUCGGCCCGAGUCAGGUGGUGGUUGGGGGUAGGUGAUGGGAGGUCCGUAGCACGGCCCCAGCCUGCCUGCCGUUUUGCCUGGCGGCAGGUCCUCCCCGAGCCACCCGCAGCAGGAGGAGGUGGAGGAGGGCUCAGGUGUGGGUCGCACAGCUCCCUCCCUCCCUCCUGCCACAGUGGUUCUGCCAGUGGGAGCACGGUAGAUGGGGCUGCCAGCAGCACAGCCCCCUAGGCUUUGGUUUCACAGCCAGCUCCUGGAGACCAGAGCUCAUGGUGGAACAAGCUUUCUUGGGACACCUCAGGCCCCCGUUGAAUUUUCCUUGGGGAUGUGGGUGCCAUUUUGACAGGAAUGAACCCAUUCCUGCACAGAGACGUGCCAGAGACUCCCUCCCACUGUCCGAGGAGAAGCACCCAUCUGCUGCCCUUUGGACAGUGUUGGUGGAGACAGAUAAUGCAUGUACUCAAAAGGGUUUGACUGUGUCAGUGAUUAGUGUCCUGUAAGCUAUGAAGUUGGCUUUCUCCACCUCUGCAGGCCUGGAUGGGGUCUGUACUUUGAAUUAAUGUUGCAGCCGGAAGAAGCCGCUCAUUGUAGGUGGAAUGAAAUAACAGGAUUUCUUCCAGCAUUAACUCCUAAGUUGACUUCCAAGCGCUUUCCUUUCUCCAGUAAUAAUUUUCUCUAAUGGCAACUUUUAACAGUGUGAUGGUGUAUAAAAUUUACUGGCCAGAUGUAUUAGCCAGAUAAGUUUAUACCUUCUUAGCAACCAAAUUUAAUAUAUUUACUUACAAAGAAUUCUGUGCAAUGAAUGUUUAAUACAAAGGAAAGAGACUAUUUUACUUCAAAGCAACAUUAAUUUAUGUACAAAACUAUAGCUCAUUAUUUGGGGUGUUUGGGAUCUAGAACCCUUUUUAUAAGCAGUGUAGUAUAGUAUAAUAUGAUACUUCAGUUAAAUUUUGCUCUCUCAACCUAUAUAAUAAUCUGUUUUGCCUUCUUGAUGUAGAGUCUCUUACCUAUGCUGUCACAGAAUUAUUUUGUUGGAUAAGUGGGAUUCUGGUGAGAGCAACAAAAUUCUCCAGAGAAACUGAAGGUUUCAGAGCACUUCCUAAAUCUGGCUGCUGUCUGUGUCACCCCCUUUGCUGGUGACAGUUUUUUGGUAAAGCCAAUGGAGCAGGAACAAGCUCCAGCUACGUCUUUGGGUAGCACGAGCAGGGAGCAGAGGUCCCCAGCUCAGACGCAUCUGCAGCUGGUCAUGGUGGGAGGAAGGCAGCUCUGGCCAGGCAGACACGACGUGCUCUUUAAAUGCUGCUUUUGCAUCGACCAUCAAGAUGUUUUACAAAGCUCUGGGGGAAAAACAACGACGGUGACGACAUGUUUUUAGCGGUGUGCUUUCCUUCCGAUCUGCAUCUGCCCAGCUCCAUGAGGAAUGACGUUAGACAUAUCAUUUAAUUUGCUUUUUGCUUUAUAAAAAGAAAAACAGUUGUUUGAAACACUUCCCCCAAUUUUAUGUGCUCUCUAUCUGCUUUCAGACGCUCCCUCCCUUCCUGCUCUGGAUGGCCCUUAUCCUAUUUCCACCUGAGGUCAAUGGCACUUCCCUAAAUAAGUUUCCCAAAGAAACAACAAAAUUCUACAUACACUCUGAAAAAAACGCCACACAGCAACAAUUUCUUUGUCCUAGUACGUAAAGCUACAGCCCAUAUAGAAAUACCAGAUUUCCUGCUUCCAGCCAAAUUACUUUUGUCUUUCCUUUCCCCUCUUUCUCACUGCUCGCUUGAAGUAUUUUACCUGAAGCAAAUGGAUGCUUCAAACUAAAGCUUUCUCCUAAAGCUGUGUGGCCUCAUUUUAACAACCAUGCAAAGCCAAACUCCUCCUCCCAUUUUUAUUUUUCUGAACAUGGGCCAGAGGCCCUAAAAUAGGAUAGCAAGAUAGAGAGAAAAUUGUUUUAUAUGAGCAAGCUCUAUUUAUUCAACUGGCAGGUCUAUGAAUGUCCACUUAAUCUGUCUCUGUGCAAGUGUUGUGUCUCUAAUAAACUCAAUAGUUGUUUUGUAUUUUUUUCUGGAUUAAAAGCUUUGUAGAAACUAAAAAGGAAAAAAAAAAGUCAUAUUUUUCUAGUCUUGCUUGUAGAGUAUUUCAUGUAGUGCAUAAAGGAAGUUUUCUGGAGUAAAACAUUGUUGGAUUUUGCUCUAUUUCAGUUAUUUCUAAUUUUGUAAAAUGCCACCUGUACAUAAUACUCAACUAAUGUAUGUCCUGUAGAUGUAUUACACCAUUUAGCCUAUUAAAUGCCUAUACUGGACCAAUUGGAAGAA